UGAGAGCUGAGGAGAGCGCGCUGACCUCAGUGGUUCAGUUCAGUCCGGAGUGCGCGCCGCGCUGACUGCUAAGUGCUGAGUACAGACACGUCACUCACACGGUGACGUUGACGUUUAACGUCAGCUGUUGUACAACCCGCCACCCUACACAGGUAGAGGAGGAUGGACGUGCCCCAGGAUGCGGCCAUUACUGUCCGUGGGGCGUACAAGAUGUACUCCGCCCCCAACCCUGUGCUCAGGGGGCUCAACAUGACCGUACACCAGGGUUGCAUAUAUGGUCUGCUAGGACCGAGUGGCUGUGGUAAGACAACUCUUCUUAGUUGUAUUGUCGGCAGACAACGCCUAGAUGAAGGGCACAUCACUGUCAAAGCCAAUAGUAAACGGAACAUAGGAUACAUGCCUCAGGAAUUAGCUCUAUACAAAGAGUUUAGCAUUAUUGAAACUCUAGUCUAUUACGGUUUAUUGUUCGGGAAGACCAAAGAAGAAAUCAAUAAAAGGACAGACGAGCUAAUUAAACUCUUAGAACUUCCAGAAAGACACAACACACUGGAUACGUUAAGCGGAGGUCAACAGAGAAGAGUUUCAUUCUGCGUUGCAUUACUUCACAACCCUCAACUGCUGAUCCUGGACGAACCAACAGUUGGAGUUGACCCUGUCCUCAGCCACAAUAUAUGGCAACAUCUAGUGUAUAUGGCAACAAAAGAACACAAGACGAUAGUUAUCACGACACACUAUAUAGAAGAAGCUCGACAAGCACACACGAUAGGGCUGAUGAGAGAAGGAGUGCUAUUAGCAGAAGAGCCCCCAAUGGCACUGAUGGCAGCACAUAACACAGACAACCUGGAGCAGGCCUUCCUCUACCUCAGUCAAAAACAGUCUGGCUCCCAGUCAACUGAAGAACUGAAGCCUAUGGAAUACUACCCAGCUACGAGAAACACUUGCCCGUCACCCCUGAAUGACAAAGAUGGAAUAAGAUUCUGCAGGAUAAGAGCCCAACUUUACAAAACCGGCUACUGGAUGAAAAGAAAUGUGCCAAUCAUGAUGUUCCUGAUGAUGCUGCCCGUAGUGCAGUGUCUACUGUUCAACCUGUGUAUUGGUCAGGAUCCGAAGGGACUAUACAUGGCAGUGGUGGAUGAAGAGUUGGGUGGUGGCCUUGCAGAUUGCCUCUCUGUGCCCAUGCACGGCUGUCACAUAGAGAGUCAUCUCAGCUGUCGAUACAUUGAGAAACUUAAGAGCAAGACCAUCAAUGUGAUUGAGUACAGCAGUUUAGAAGAGGGUGUAAGAGCUGUGAAGAGGAACGACGCAUGGGGUUUGAUGCAUUUCUCCGGCAACUACACAACCUCGCUGAUGGAGAGGGUAAACUUCACAAGGGAUGCAAGUAACCUCUCUAUAGACCUCAGCGAAGUCAACUUCUGGAUGGACAUGUCUAAUCAGUACAUUGGAAACCUGUUGAAAAGAGAUCUUCUAUUUGGUUUUAUUUCAUUCCUGAAAGAAGUGUUUGAAGAUUGUGGUUGGCCCAAACAAGUUGCAGACAUUCCCAUAGCGUUUCAAGACGCUGUAUACGGCUCCAACACUCCCAGCUUUCAACAUUUUACCGCUCCAGCCCUUGUCAAUUUAUUUGAGUUCUACCUCCCUAUGAUGUUCACUGUCGGUGCUAUCCUCAUGGAGAAGAUGCAGGGUCUAAUGGAGAGAAGUUUGGUAGCUGGAAUGACCAUCAGAGAAAUGCUCAUCACCCAUGUUAUCGUGCAGUUUGCAGUUCUAUCUGUGCAGACUUUGCUCAUGUUGGUUGUUUGUUUUGUGAUCUUUGACAACCCCAUGGUAGGCAGUUUGGCGCUCCUUCUUCUUCUGCUCUUUGUCAUUGGAAUGAGUGGAAUGUGUUAUGGAUUCAUGGUGGCGGUGUUUUGUGAUUCCGAUAUGGCUGCAACUUUCAUGGGGCUUGGAAGUUUCUUUCCUCUCUCAAUGUUAAGCGGAAUGAUGUGGCCAAUGGAAGGCAUGCACCAAGUCCUCAAGUCUAUUGGGUGGCUGCUGCCGCUGACACUGUCUACAGAGGCUUUCCGAGGCAUUUCAGCAAGAGCUUGGGGCAUUACACACCCUGCUGUCUACCUCGGGUUCCUCUCCAGCCUCGGGUGGAUCGUCUACUUCAUGGUGAUCACCUGCAUUGUCGUCAAGUGGAGGAAAGGACUCGGCGGAAAAUAGUGACCUAAUUUUUUUACUCUUGACCAUCUCUUGUAAAUAUAAGCUCAAAGCAAUAUUGCCAAAAUGUUUUGUUACGUGUAAUUUAUUUAGUAAAAAAAAAA